AGCACCUUCCUGUAACCACUGAGCCACAGGAAAGCUCUGAUCAAAGAAUGGUGUUCUGUUCAAGUAGCUUUAAAUGAACAUAAACAGCUUUUAUGUACUUCUGCGCUACUUUUCCACUGGCCGACUUCUACUUAAACAAAAGUUGCAUCAAGGAGAUCUUCCAGUGAAACAUUAACUGUGACAUCAAAUUUACUGAUGACUUAAUUUGAGAAAUGUUCUGUAGCACAACAUGACGGCGUGCUAACGCAGCGCUAACCUUGUGGCCGUUACCAAAGAAGCAACAGAAGUUCUUCUCUUGGGUUCUGCACUCUUGGUCGACAGUCGAUUGCUCUUCCCUGCAUUCCCGAAUCUUACACUUGGUUAUAGUAAAUUUGAAUUUGUGGUCCUGAAUUUUAUGACCUGAACGCGUGAAUUGAAUCAUGAAAACUUUUUAGGAUGGUGAAUACUUACAAAAAGACAAAAACUAAUUUGAGGUAUUACAGUCCUGGUGAUGUAAAUCUGACGCCAUGGUACUGGCCUUAUUGCUUCUCGAGUGCAUGUUACAUGUCAAGCACACAUCUGAAGCGAGACCUCAUGAUGUCGCUCCUGAGCAGAAAAAUAGAACUCAAUAACCUGGCUUCCUCCUCAUCUCUCUGGCUGUUUGCUCUGCGGUCUGGACCCUCCUCUAGCCUGGUUUCUACCCCAACCCCUCCUCUAUAUGACCCUCUGCAUGCGCUUGUGUGACUGGCCAUCCAAAACAGCUCUAGAGGAGCAGCUGAGGGGAUUCGACCAAUCGCUGAAGACCCUGCAGGCCUCUGAGGAGAAGUACUCUGAUAAAGAGGACAGAUGUGAAGAGGAAAUCAAGAUCCUGACUGGCAGACUGAAAGAGGCUGAAACUCGAGCAGAGUUUGCUGAGAGAUCCGUGUCCAAGCUUGAGAAGACCAUCGAUGACCUGGAAGAGAGGCUUGCCACAGCCAGAGAAGAUAACAUCAAGAUGCAUGCCACUCUGGAUUCAACCCUGCAGGAGCUCAACAUUUGCUAG